ACAUAAUUUGGGCUCAAACAGUAGUGACAUGAGUUUAAAACCAUAACAAACGCAGUUAAAUGCUUUUUUAGGUAUAGUUUGGCUACAACGCAAACCCCUCCCUCUUUUGCCAGAUAAUUGUAUCGAGGGAGGAAGACGCGCUUCACAUUGUUAACAGCAACUUUUUACCAAUGGGAAACAGUAUAAGGAUAAAACUUUGAUGGAAAACGCCAACUGGGUUUCUUAGCUAAGGCCAGCGUGGGACUUCAUUGCGACGGUGGGCGUGGUCCUGUGAUGGCUGGCUGAUGCACUCUUCCCCUUUCGGACCCAGAAAGUCUCCGGCUGAGUCUUCAUCAACCCACACGACUUCCCCCCCCCCCCAGGCCUGCGGAACGAGCAGCAUGUCGUCGCAAGACGACCCAAACCGCAACGGCAGCCAAUCAGACAGCCGGCUGAAGAGCAAGAAGCCGCCUAGCCUGGUGAUUGCCAUCCCACCCCCCGAGGAGGAGAAGAUUGACGCUGAGAAACAGCCCCUGAGACCGUCCCUGAAGAAGAGCGGAAGUCUGCAGCAGUCCACAGAGGCCAUGUCGGAGGACGCCGUGUCGACAACGGCGCAGGAGAGGCGGGCAGCUUUCCGCAGAGAGACUUCCAUCUCCCAGAGCAUCCGCAGGGGCACGGCGCAGUGGUUCGGGGUCGGCGGGGACUGCGAGACCAAGCAGCAGGAAUGGCACCGCAAGAGCCUGCGCCACUGCAGCCACCGCUACGGCAAGCUGAAGGCCCAGUACCGCGAGCACGAGCCCGCCAGCCAGGACCACACGCUGGAGUCUCCUGCCACCCACAGGCUGCCCAAGAUUGUGGACCCUCUGGCGCGCGGGCGAGCGUUCCGUUACCCCGAUGAGACGGACCGGCCCCGGACCCCGCACACGGCCCACCCGCCCCUCACCCCGGGCGUGGCCUCGCUCUCCUCCUACACCAGCCAGCGGUCCGGCUACGGCCGCCUGGCGCGCAGGAAGAGAGAGUCCGUCGCCCGCAUGAGCUUCCGGGCCGCCAGCAACCUGCUGAAGGGCCGCACCGUGAUUCCUACUUCCCAGACCAGGAGGAGUUUCCCCCGCCGUAGCUUUGCCCGGCCCAGCUGGCUGGAAGAGGACACGGUGGACGGGGGCGAUACUGGAGACUCGGUGUUCUUCAGCAAGGUUGAUGCUCAUGGGGAGAUGUACUCCAUGGCGGAUGAAGUGUUCGAGUCGCCCCCUCUCUCAGCCGCCUGUUCCUUCCACCCCUCAGCCCACUUUGGUGAUGUGCCGCUGGGAGAAGCAGGGCCCUACCAGAGCCUCCCUGAGGAUGUGUUGACGGAGCUGGAGGCUCAACGCCGGGGGCGGCGGAUCCCGCGCAUGGCCUCCAAGGUGAAGCACUUCGCCUUCGACAAACACAAGCGCCACUACGGCAUGGGCGUGGUGGGCCGCUGGCUGAACCGCCAUUACCGCCCCAGCCUCAGCAGCCAGGUGCAGAAGCAGCUGGAGGACUUUCACAGCCACAGGCCCUAUUUCACGUACUGGAUCACCUUCGUGCACAUCGUCAUUACCCUGCUGUCCAUCUGCACCUACGGCUUCGCCCCUGUGGGGUUCGCGCAACACUCCACCACCGAGCUGGUGCUGCGGAACAAGGGUAUCUACGAGAGCGUGAAGCAUGUUCAGCAGGAGAACUUCUGGUUGGGCCCCAGCUCAGACGACCUCAUCCACCUGGGGGCCAAGUUCUCGCCUUGCAUCCGGCGUGACGUCGGGAUCGUCAAGCUAAUCCAGAAAGCCAAGGACGUGGAGCGGGACUCGGGGUGCUGUGUGCAGAACGACAGAUCGGGCUGCGUGCAGACCCAUCGCGCAGACUGCUCGGAGACGUUGGCCACCUUUAUAAAAUGGGAGAAUGAAAACGUCGAUAUAGUACGAUCAUCUGGCUCAGUCUGUCACCAGGACCCCAGGACCUGCGAAGAGCCGGCUUCAGCGGACCCUCAUUUCUGGCCUGACGACAUCACUAAGUGGCCGGUCUGCACCUCUCCACCAGAGGGGAACCACACUGGGUACCGACACCUGGACUGUAAGAUCAAGGGAAGACCCUGCUGCAUCGGGACCAAGGGCAGGUGUGAGAUCAGCACACGAGAGUACUGCAGUUUCAUGCACGGCUACUUCCACGAGAAGGCCACUCUCUGCUCUCAGGUGCACUGCUUAGAUGAUGUGUGUGGCCUCCUGCCGUUUCUCAACCCUGACGUGCCGGACCAGUUCUACAGACUGUGGCUGUCCUUGUUUCUGCAUGCUGGGCUGCUGCACUGUCUGGUGUCGGUGGUGUUCCAGAUGACGGUGCUGAGGGAUCUGGAGAAGCUGGCUGGCUGGGUGCGCAUCUCCAUCAUCUACCUGCUGAGCGGCAUCACGGGGAACCUGGCCAGCGCGCUCUUCCUGCCCUACCGAGCCGAGGUGGGGCCGGCGGGCUCUCAGUUCGGGCUGCUGGCCUGCCUGUUUGUGGAGCUGUUCCAGGGCUGGCAGAUGCUGGAGAAGCCCUGGAAGGCCUUCCUGAAGCUGCUGGGGAUCGUGCUCUUCCUCUUCAUGUGCGGCCUGCUGCCCUGGAUCGACAACAUCGCCCACAUCUUCGGCUUCCUCAGCGGGCUGCUGCUGUCCUUCGCCUUCCUGCCCUACGUCACCUUCGGCACCUUCGACACCUACCGCAAGCGCUUCCUCAUCCUGCUGUCCCUGCUGGUCUACGUGGGCCUGCUGUCCUCCCUGGUGGUCUGGUUUUACAUUUACCCCAUCAACUGGCACUGGCUGGAGCACCUCACCUGCCUGCCCUUCACCAGUAAAUUCUGUGAGAAGUACGACAUCGACCAUGUUGUGCAUUAGCGCUCUGCGGUCUGAAAUAUGAGAAUAUGAAAAUAUGAAAUAUGCUACGGUCUGAAAUAUGAGCGCAAAGGAAAGGCGGCUAUGGCUGCCUGUAUGGUACACUCUCACAGGCGUCUACGCUGGGAUUCCCAGCUUGGUAAUAAACGGAUGAACCACUGUGACGUGACACCAAACGAGGCUGAAUGCCCACACGGUGCAUGGAGGACCGCGUGCCCGGAGGAAUGCGCCCUCAGACUGCGGGGGAGCCGUCUGAAGGCCAGCAGCCCGUGUACUUUGCGUUUUGCUUAGUUUGUAUUGAUUUGUGACUCCUGCAGAAUCCUGAAAGAUGUAGCCCUCGUCCAAGUCUCCUCACUGUCUCAGGCGUAGGCAGGCCCUGCUGAUGGGAGUGCCAGGCACGUUUCUGGUUUUGCUUCCGUCUCAGCUUGACCACAGGUUUGCUGGAUGAUUGACAGUCUGAGCCUGGUCGUCUGCAUCCAUUAAACCUGAUUCAUUAAAUUCAAUCCUGUGUUAUAGACAGAGUGGGAAAACCCAGGUUCAGAAAGUCCUCCGCAGUAUUUUUGUUCAAUCGCCUGGAUUUGUUAAUUGGCAAAAUCCUUCAGCCUGGGGGUAGAAUUAGUUUGUGGAACCAUCUGCUGAGGUAAUGAGUGGAAGAUGCGGAUAUGCCCUGGGUGUUCCACCUCUGGUUAUGGUUUUGGAUGGAGCCUAAGCCAGGACCAUCUCUGGCACUCCAGGACCAGGGUUGCCUACACCUGCUCCGUUUCGUUUUUUACAUUUACAUUUUUGUCAUUUGGCAGACGCUUUUAAUCCAAAGCGAUUUACAAGUCCCCAUAGGUUCUUCCACAAGUCAAAGCAUCGCAUCCAUAACUAGGAAAUUACAUAGGAAGUGCUGUUUUAAACAUAUAGCCAUCGUAAGUGCAAAUUUUUUUUUUUCAUGCCAACACUGGACUUUACAUAAUCUUUAACACUAAAUACCUUUUAUAUAAAUUUCCCAUUGUUUUGUAUCUUUGCAUAUCCAGAAUUACAAACGAAGGCUUGUACAAGCGCAACAAUCUUGUAUGUUGAAGCGAAACAAAAUCAUGUUGGGUUAGUUUUGAGCUUGAGGUUUUUGUUAGUUUUUUAUUUUUUAUUUUUUGCUGAUUAUUAAGCGUUGUCAUGCGGUGAAGAACCUUUUAUAUAUACUUUUAAUAACCAUUGUCAUGGAAGUUUAAGGUAAACAAUCGUGAUUCUAUUGCUUAUUACUGUGUCUGUGCUCAAGAACCAAUCGGAAGAGAAGAUAAUGAAUGUCUCGUACACUAUCACUUAUUAUGUUAUACUCUGUAGAUUACAGUGUUAUAUUUGUGCGUUUUACUGACUGACUAAAAAUGGUUUAAAACCAUUUCCCAUUUCAUUUGCCAUUUGUCGUAACUCAGAGGGCUAACUGGGGGGAUAUUUCCAUCAACCACAUGAUUUAUGUUGGACUGCCCUCAGUAUGCUAGCAUCUACUGAAGACUGUGUGUGUUUACAUUAUCACCCAUCAUGUGUGACUUAAUCGGUACUUGAGCGGCAACUAACUAGCCAGCUAACAAAAUGUAGCAGAGGGAAUGUUAGUUCAGGUGGAAUAUCGAGCGUUAUGCAUUUGAUACACCUACUCUCAUUGCGGUCAUUCCACUACUUUGAAGUUUUGCCUGCUGAAACGCAGCAUUGCUGUCCCUGCUGGGACUGGUUGUCUGCUGUUGUUGUUCUGCAGGUGAGGUGCACUCGUGGCUCCGUCUCCGGCGUAUCCUCCUGGGCGAGCGGAUUACGGCCCUCUGCCCUGGGUGGCGUCUGGCUUAGCGCUGAAAAAAGGUGACUGUGAAAUGGAUUAAAACCUAAUUGAGGAGGACUGAUACUGUGAGGCUUUGCAAAUGGCAGUCAUUUUAUUCACUCCCACAGGCUGCAGUCACCCACUCAAGACAGGGAUUAGGUGCUUAAGGUACUGUAAAGCUUCAUAACGGGCAACUUAAGAGGCAAUGCGUGGCCAGAGCUCGCCAUUUUACACUGCUUCGUGUUUCUUUAUAUGAAGACCCCCCCCCCCCAUCGGCACUAAGAUGCAGCUUCCCGAACUCAGCACCUUCCCCGUGCCUUUCCGUGCCUCUGACUGGAGAGAAUGCUGUGCCUUCUGCAAAUUCAAUCACAUUUGGUCAACUGGAUAUGUAUGUUCAUUGAUUAUCUUUGUGUAUUUGAAAUUGGACCAAAAAUAUUAUUUAUUGAAAAAAAAAAAAGGGACGUUACUUCUGAGAUGUCCUUCUAUUUUGUGCAGGACAUUUUGAAAUUGAUUCGUAUGCUAAAAAAUAAACCACUGUUUACUUUAAA